AUGGAAUCGGAUCCUAGAUUUGCAGGAAAAUUUCCUUAUCUUUAUAGGGAUUUUCCUAAAAAUCCUUGGGUGAAAUCGGAGAUCUCCACAAUGGUUCCAUUGCAACCACGUUCAACUCUUUCACCUCCACCAUCAUAUUACAACACUUUUUUGGAUCCAAAUCGCUGCACUCAAUUUAAGGAACAUGCUCAUGAAGAAGCUAGUCAUCACUCUAGUUUUGCUAGUAUGGUUCCUUCCUCUAUGAACCCAACUCUUUCAUACAAGAGUGCACCAACCAAUGGAUCCAAGGAAAAAAAAUUUGAUGGUCAAAAUCUAAUGACCUUCACACCAAAUAACAACAGAAGGGAAGUUAUGCAUGGUCACCUUAACACUAGCAAUGGAAUAUGGGAUUCAUUCACAAAAAAUAUCUUUCAUCAUGGUGAAACUUCUCAAUCUCGUGUGAGUCUAUAUCCUUCACUAUCACUAGUUUAUGAUGCAAAUCCAUCUUUUACAGUUAAUCCAAAUCUUCAAGGAGAUCUUUCUCUGAUUGGUCGAAAUGGAAACAAACCUCUCUACAAUGACCAAGAACUCGCCCUCAGUGACCAUAAGCAACAUAAGAGAACUCAAAAUAAUGUUGAAACUCAACAUAUGGAUCCAAAUUUAAUCAAACGAAAAUGGACUGCAAACGAGGACAGGAUUCUUAUUCAAUUGGUGGAUCACUUUGGACUAAGAAAAUGGUCUCAGAUUGCUAAGUUUAUAAAUGGCAGGAUCGGGAAACAAUGCAGGGAAAGAUGGAAUAAUCACCUUCGACCCGGAAUUAAGAAGGAGUUAUGGAGCCAAGAGGAUUACAAAAAACUCAUUGAAGCUCACAAGAAAGUUGGGAACAAAUGGGCUGAAAUUGCAAAGAGUUUGCCCGGGCUCACCGAGAACUCCAUCAAGAACCGCUGGAACUCCAUCAAGCGUAGCCAGAAGGCCAAGAAGAGGCUGGACUAUGGCAACAAUUUGAAGGGAACUCUACUUCAUAAAUACAUCAUUGAAGUCAAUGCUGCAAAGGAAGCUGAAAAGGAGCAGUUGGAUAAUGAAAGUUUUGAAAGUGGUUUCAGUUCUAAUGGUUUGGCUACUUCUGAAGAUGAAAUUGACUAUGUUCCAAUGAUGCAAAAUGGCGGUGAUGAUGGAGUAAUGGAUUAUGGUUAUGGGUCGUAUACAUUGGAGCUUUUUCCUAAUGUUCCUAUGAAGUAG